AUGCUUUUCUUACUAAAAAAGCAUUACCAGAUCUCACAAUCAUCACGUCCAACAAAAUCAUUAGCACAGAAAAUAUGUUUUGUUUUUAGUGGACAAGGUCCACCAUGGUGGUCUAUGGAAAUGACAAAAACUAAUAAUGGUGAAUGGAGAUUAUUCGAAGAGUUAAUUGAAAAGAAAAAUGAACAAGAAUCUCGUAUUAAUGAUACAAAUAUUGCUCAACCAACAAUAUUUGCUAUACAAGUUGCAUUAACAGCUUUACUUGUUUCAUGGAAUAUUUAUCCAUCAUCUAUAAUAUCACAUAGUGCUGGUGAUCAAGCAGCUGCUUUUGUUGUUGGUCGAUUAACUUUAGAAGAAACUGUUCAUAUGUUAGCUCUUUCAAUGAGUGAAGAAGAAGUAGAAAAUAAACUUCUGAAAGGUAUUGAACAUUUGGCUUGUAUUGCUGUUGUUAAUAGUCCUCGUCGAGUAACAAUAAAUGUUGAUGAAAAAACAAUUGAUGAAAUACAACAAGUUCUUUCCAUAUCUUAUCCUAAUGUAUUCAAAGCAUGUGUUCGUAUUGAAAAUGCAUUUCAUUCAUAUCCAAUGAAUCGAUUUGAUAUUGAAAAAGAAAUGCUUUCAUCCUUGAAAGAUAUUCGAGGACUUCCAAUACAAGAUCAAAAGCAAAACUUUAUUCAAUUGAUAGUCAAAUAUAAAACAGCAAAUGUUUUUCUUGAAAUUUCACCACAUCUAGUUUUAGGUACAUCUAUUCGUGAAUGUUAUGAAUUAACAAAUCAACAACAAUCAUCACCACCACUUAUUCUUCCAACAUUAAAACGAAAAGAAAAUGAACAAAUAACAUUUCUUACUAAAUAUUUUGAUAAUUUUUCAUUAUAUAAAUUUCAUUUGAGUCCAUGUUGGUAUGAAUCAAAAGAUUCAUCUAUACAACGUUUAGCUAACCGCAUAUCUACUCAUCCAUCACUUGGCAUUCGUCAAUUAAAUGAACAAACGAGUGCAACAUGGAAAAGCCUUAUUAAUAUUAAUUUACAACAAGAUGCUUUUUUAAGAGAUCAUAAAAUUCAAGAUGCAAUUCUUUUUCCAGCAGUUGCUUAUCUUGAACUUGCAACAGCUGCUUGUCAUCAAUUACUUUCAUCGAAAGAAGAUGAUCAACAACAACUAACACUUAUUUUUGAAGAUGUUAAAUUUGUUAAAGCACUUAUUCUUAAUAAACAUGUAUUAGUUGAAGUAUUUAUACAAAUAAUUAUGCCAAUGCGUGAAUGGUAUAUUAUAUUUUGUAAUCAAAAUAAUCUUAAUAAAUAUUCAUUAAAUAAAUUUACUUUACAUGCUCAAGGUAAAAUUGAAAUAGAUUAUAAACAACAAAAAUCAUUAACAAUACUUGAUAGAUGGACAAUACAAGAUAUACCAAGUGCUUAUGCACAUCUUUCAACAUGA